ACUACCUGGGCGAGGCAAGCCGGUCCCCUCUUUCCACACAAUGGAAUCCCUUUCUGUUCAGGGAUUUCUGAAUGGGCACCUCUGCAUAUCGAUUAGCCCGUGCCAAAUGUUCUGUAAAUUAGCUUGGGCACUGCUUGUCUUCGCUGGGGUCAGUCCGAAAAUGGGCACAGAGCAGGUGGAGCUCUCCAAGGGAAUUUGGAAACAGUCCACAUUUCCCACUGUUUCUACAUUCCUGCUGUGUUGGAACUACCUUCACCAGUUUCACCCAGUGGUACUCUCUGGACAUUUUGGACUACAGCCCCCAUCAGCCCCAGGUGCAUGGCCAGGGGGCAGGGAUAAUGGCAGUUGUAGCUCCCAUCUGCAGAAGGCACUGGGUGGUGGGAGGUUGUGUAAGAGCAAAAAACCACACGAGAGCAAAAAAACCCUUAUUUUUAUUUAUGUAUUUAUUAGGAUAUUUCUGUCCCGUCCAUUACGGCUCGUCUCUGGCAAAACUGAUUUGCCAGCCCUGCUCAAAGAUGGAUUCUUGGAUUCUUGGCCCUGCUGUUAAACCCAUUGAUUUGGAAAUAAACACCCUUUUGGUAGAACACAAUUAUAGGUAUAAAAUAUAAAUAAAAAAUAGCAAUCUGUAACCACGUCCGUUGGACUGCUCCUAAUCCUCCAGGAAGGCUGGGCACUGCCACGAGCGGUUUCAGCUCAGGAUCCGUCUCUUGCCUUGAGGGCUCCCAGGUUUGUUUUGUUCCCGCGAUGGAAUCGGAAUUUCUAAACCCAGACCUUCAUUUUGCUUGUGCAAAUUCUCAUUCGCACUCCAGCCGCACGAACGCUCACUUGCACUAGGGGUCAGUCCUUGCUGCUUCCGGAAAGGGGGAAAAAUGCUUUGUGAGGCUGUAGAAUCCGGGUGGCUCAGGAAAAGCUGGUCGGUGGUGGAAUUUGCGGGCCGUUUGCGUAGAGAUCCCAGCUUGCUUGAAUUCGCUGCCGAUUUCGAUGGGUUCUCUGUUGUCCCUCGUCUGAGCGCUGCAGCCCCAUUACCCUCUGCUCUCCAGGUGGCCCCUAAGGGGCGAGAGUCCUGGGACGCAGGAAGUCUAAGGCCUGGCCCUCACUUGCCUUAUCAGUCGGUCAUAGGCUAGAACCGGCCACCCACAGCUCCUUGCAAGCCGUUCCUCUGUGGGCUGAGACUCCAGGGCUGUCGAAAGUCUUCGUACUUUUCUUUUUCUUCAAGGCAGCUCGUUCCAAAUCGAAACAGCUCCUUUUCCACUCCAAACUGGACUGAGUUCUAACACUCCUAAAAGCUCCACUGGUGAAGGGAAAGGCAACGCGUUUGUUCCCAUAGAACAAAGUCUGUAGGGCUUCCGAGUCUUCUGUAGUGACAGCAAAAUGAGGAAAACAAAUAUCUGGAGAAGCCCCUCUCUCCUCUUUCGGUCCACGGAAAGAACCGGCUAAACAGGGACUGGCUCGCCUUCGGAGAUGGCGUAAGAUGUAUUUUUUCCUGUGCAAGCGGGGAAGGAAACAAGCAGAUUUAGACACUGGCAAACACAUGCAAGCUGUAAGAGAACAUAUCCCCUGCUGCUCCAGGAGGGUUUUGGUAAAUAGCGCUGGCUGAGGGGAGAGACGUCCCAUCACCGCAGACUUGGUAGCGAACCGUCAUUCAUCGCUUUAGCAUCAUUGUUUGUCUACCACCCUAUUUGCUUAUAGAAGUCCGUCCAGGCGACGCACAACCCAUAAAGAACAAAGAAGAAUCAUAACAUGUUCACCCCAGGAAUGUGGAAUAACACGAAGGCUUUGCACUGCAGGAAGGGCUCGAUGGAGCGGGGAUGUCCUCAGCCCCUUGCCGACAGCCCGGAGGACAGCCGGGGCUCGUGAGGAGAAUGCGAGGGAAAUCAAAGCUCAUCUGUUUGGCCAUCCAUAUUCACACCAUAAGAAGAGUUUUGGCUACUGGGAAGAAUACAGAUGUAAUAGAAAUAAAUAAAAAUCUGCCACCAUCAAAAUUUCAAUAAUUUCAGACAAAUGUAGCAGUCGCUCACUGGACGUUUGGAAGGAAGGAAAUACCGUGAAAAUGUUUGGGGAAUUGCGUGUGAAGCGAUUCCCGAUGGAUUCAGUGAAAUUUCAGAGGAAGCUUGGCAGCUGGGAUUCAGAAUUGGGGGGAAGCCAAAAGAGGAUGGGCGUGCAGCCAGUUUUCCAAAGAGGAUAUCCCAAACAUCCCCUAAGGGGCAGGUGAGAAGAUAACCCCCAAAUUCUCGACCUUCCCAGGCCCGAACAGGCAAAGGAUGGCCUCAGAGAGACCACGAUUAUCCAGAUUCAGAGUCGCCUGGGAUUAAUUUUUUGUGAGCCGCCCCGAGGCUUCGGCGAAUGGGGCAGCAUAGAAAUUCCCUAAAUAAAUAAUUAAAUAAACAAUUUGGCAGAGGUGAAAAGCUGUCACUCGGCUGAGUAAGAGCAUGACGGCGAGGGACACGGGCGGAGGCUGUGCCAGUUCAUUUUGGGAGUCGCUCGUUGGCCUCCCGGUUCACCCCAAAGGCAUCUGCAGCAGGAGGGAAGGGCCGGACCGGAGGGUUAAAAGGCACCGGCUCCCCAGGGCUCCUUCUUGUAGCUUCCCUUGCCAAGACCAAGCCAGCCCUAAAGGCAGACUCGCCUUGAGCCGCUGGGCUGGAAGAAAACGCACCUUGCGACCAUGGCUGGGACCUGUGGUUUGCAGCUCUUCCUUUUGUGCCUGACACCAGCUCUCCUGCCUGCUGUCAAGAUCAACGCCAAGGGCCGGGAGGUGAUCUACCUGGCCAAGGGCGAUUCGGUCAAGCUGGGCUGCCCGUAUGAGUUGGAACCACACGACCAGGAUCUGGAUGACCUGGACAUUGAAUGGACGCAGAUGAACUCUGAUCCCACAAACCUGGAUAAUGUGAUCCUAAGCUACCACGGCCAGCAGGUGAACUUCCCCGGCUACCACCCCUUGGUUUGGAACAGGGGCUCUGCCGAGCGGGAUCAGCACCGGGUGGGCCACCCCGGCUGGCCGCAGCACGUGGGGGCCGGGGGCUGCUGCCCCAGCCUGCGGCAGCGCGUGGCCUUCGCCCUCCCCGACCCGAGCCGAUACGACGCCUCCAUCAACCUGCAGAACGUGGAGCUCUCGGACACGGCGACCUACGAAUGCAAGGUGAAAAAGACCACCGUGGCCACGCGCAAGGUGACUGUGACCGUCCUGGAGAGGCCGUCUAUCCCGCGAUGUUCGAUUGAAGGCAAAGUAGCCAUGGGCCGCAAGGUCACACUGCGAUGUGGCUCUCAGUCGGGCACCAGCCCCCUCGUGUACAAGUGGGCCAAAGUGAUGGAGCGGCCCCUUGGGAACGGCCUCCUUCCACCCACCAUUAAAGGUCCAGAGCCCGGGGACUUGGUAAUCCAGAAUCUCUCGCAGAAUCACGCCGGAGUUUACCAGUGCAGUGUAGCGAACAGGGUCGGAUCCGCCCAGUGCGUUCUGGAUCUCUCCUUCCCAGAAGGUUCCGACCGAGCGAGCAUCAUCGUGGGAGCCGUCCUCGGCUCGCUGCUUCUCCUGCUCCUCCUCGCGGGCCUCAUCGCAGGGCUGGUUUACUGCUGCAGGAGGAAGCGGUGCACGGAGCCGUCCAAUCAGAUCAGGGUGGACACGGCUCCUCCGAAGGCCAGAUCCGGGAGCGGCAGCGGCAGCCUGAGAGCAGCCGUGGGGUACUCACCCUGCCGCAAGGACGAGUCCCCCACGGAGCGGGGCUGUGCCAAGGGGCUCCCGCCGGCCCUGCAGGACGCAGGUCUGAGCUCCGGGACGGAGAGCAAAGGCCGGGAUGGCGGCUCCCCCUCUGUGGGCACCACCGAGGCCAGGGUUCACCACACUCCGGCGGGACCUUCCUGUGCCCCCGCACAAGCCGGGCCCUGGAUGAAUUCUCCUGCGCCAUCCCCUGCUGGCUCUUCCACAGCUGGUCAAGAGGCCGCCCCGGCCAAGGGGUGCCGGCCAAAAGAUUAUGGAGGCGUCCAUUUCAAGGAGCCAACCAGGAGCAGAGAAGGCCUGGUCAUAUGA